GCCAAGCCGGACCGUUAAAGCCGGUUUGUUGACCUCAGUUAAGGUCCUCAGAUAGACUAGAAGUGUUAGCUUUGUUGCUACUUAAGGUGGUAACUGAAGACGUUUUUUUUAAUCGGCAAAUUGUGAAAAACUUUCCAGCAGCGGGAAAUUGCAGGCUGGUGUCAUCCUUGCCACUCAGAAUGACCGACCCGGCUGUGAACAGGGUGGUUAGCGACAUAAUUCGCUCUCCGGAGGACAAACGGGUUUACAGGGGCCUGGAGUUUACCAAUGGCCUGAAGGCCAUGCUCAUCAGUGACCCAACAACAGACAAAUCCUCCGCUGCCUUGGAUGUCCACAUAGGUUCUUUAUCGGACCCAGCGAACAUCUCGGGCCUGGCACACUUUUGUGAGCACAUGCUGUUCCUGGGAACAAAGAAGUACCCCAAGGAGAAUGAGUACAGCCAGUUCCUGAGCGAGCACGCAGGCAGCUCCAAUGCUUUUACCAGUGGAGAGCACACCAACUAUUACUUCGACGUGUCCCAUGAGCACUUGCAAGGAGCACUAGAUAGGUUUGCCCAAUUCUUCCUGUGCCCAUUGUUUGAUGAGAGCUGUAAGGACCGGGAGGUGAAUGCUGUGGACUCUGAGCAUGAGAAGAACCUAAUGAAUGAUGCCUGGCGGCUGUUUCAGUUGGAGAAGGCCACUGGCAACCCUAAUCACCCCUUCAGCAAAUUUGGAACAGGUAACAAAUUUACCCUUGAGACCCGACCAUCUAAAGAUGGGGUUGACAUACGUCAGGAGCUCUUGAAAUUUCAUUCUACAUACUACUCCUCCAACCUCAUGGGACUCUGUGUGUUAGGAAGAGAGUCAUUAGAUGAGUUGACCUCCAUGGUGGUUAAGUUAUUUGGGGAAGUGGAGAACAAGAGCGUGCCUAUCCCAGAAUUCCCUGAGCAUCCCUUCCAGGAAGAGCACCUCAAACAAUUCUACAAAGUGGUACCCAUUAAAGACAUAAGGAACCUGUAUGUGACUUUCCCCAUCCCGGACCUACAAAAGUACUACAAAUCUAACCCAGGACAUUAUCUUGGACAUCUGAUUGGUCACGAAGGACCUGGAAGUUUGUUAUCUGAGCUAAAAUCUAAAGGCUGGGUGAACACACUUGUUGGAGGGCAAAAAGAAGGAGCCAGAGGAUUCAUGUUCUUCAUCAUCAAUGUGGACUUGACCGAGGAGGGCCUCUUACACGUUGAGGACAUCAUCUUCCACAUGUUCCAGUAUAUCCAGAAACUGCGAACUGAGGGACCUCAGGAGUGGGUGUUUGAGGAGUGCAAGGAUUUAAACAAAGUGGCCUUUAGGUUCAAGGACAAGGAACGACCCCGUGGCUACACCUCCAAAGUGGCUGGUUUACUACACUACUACCCUCUUGAAGAGGUUCUAGCAGCAGAGUACCUUUUGGAGGACUUCAGGCCAGAUCUGAUUGAGAUGGUGCUGGAUAAGCUGAGACCAGAGCAUGUCAGAGUUGCAGUGGUGUCAAAGUCAUUUGAAGGGCAAACCGACAAGACAGAAGAGUGGUAUGGCACGCAGUACAAACAGGAAGCCAUCAAUGACGUGACCAUUGAGAACUGGGCAAGUGCAGACCUCAACGGCAAGUUCAAAUUACCUAUGAAAAACGAGUUCAUCCCUACCAGCUUCGAGAUCUACCCUCUUGAGAAAGACUCUCCGUCAGUCCCCACUUUAAUCAAGGACACUGCUAUGAGCAAGGUGUGGUUCAAGCAGGAUGACAAGUUCUUCCUGCCCAAGGCAUGCCUUAACUUUGAGUUCUUCAGCCCGUUUGCGUAUGUGGACCCAUUGCAUUGUAACAUGGCAUAUUUAUACCUGGAGCUCCUCAAGGACUCCCUCAACGAGUAUGCAUAUGCAGCCGAGCUAGCUGGCUUGAACUAUGACCUCCAAAAUACCGUCUAUGGGAUGUAUCUGUCUGUUAAAGGUUACAAUGACAAACAGCACAUCCUGCUGAAGAAGAUCAUCGAGAAGAUGGCCACCUUUGAGAUAGAUGAGAAGCGCUUUGACAUCAUCAAAGAAGCGUACAUGAGGUCUUUGAAUAACUUCAGAGCCGAGCAGCCUCACCAGCACGCCAUGUACUACCUCCGUCUACUAAUGACCGAGGUUGCUUGGACCAAAGAUGAGCUCAGAGAGGCUCUGGAUGAUGUAACCCUCCCACGCCUCAAGGCCUUCAUACCUCAGCUAUUGUCACGGUUGCAUAUUGAAGCCCUUCUCCAUGGCAACAUCACCAAGGAGUCUGCUCUUGGCAUGAUGCAAAUGGUGGAGGACACGCUCAUUGAGCAUGCUCACACAAAACCCCUCCUCCCGAGCCAACUGAUUCGCUACAGAGAGGUGCAGGUUCCAGACGGUGGUUGGUAUGUUUACCAGCAGAGGAACGAGGUGCACAACAACUGUGGCAUUGAGAUCUACUAUCAGACAGACAUGCAGACUACCCAUGACAACAUGCUGCUGGAGCUGUUCUGUCAGAUCAUCUCUGAGCCCUGCUUCAACACACUGAGAACCAAAGAACAGCUGGGCUACAUUGUGUUCAGUGGGCCCCGGCGGGCUAAUGGAGUACAAGGCCUCCGCUUCAUCAUCCAGUCGGAGAAGGCACCCCACUACCUGGAGAGCCGCGUGGAGGCUUUCCUCUGCACCAUGGAGAAGGCCGUGGACGAGAUGAGCGAGGAGGCCUUCCAGAAACACAUCCAGGCCCUGGCCAUCCGUCGCCUGGACAAGCCAAAGAAGCUGUCUGCCGAGUGUGCCAAGUACUGGGGAGAGAUCAUCUCUCAGCAGUAUAAUUUUGACAGAGAUAACGUUGAAGUGGCCUAUCUGAAGACUUUGACUAAAGAAAACAUAAUGCACUUCUACAGAGAUCGGCUGACAGUCGAAGCCCCGAAGAGACACAAGGUGUCCGUGCACGUCCUGUCCAGAGAAAUGGACUCCUGUCCAAUAGUGGGAGAGUUCCCCGCUCAGAAUGAUGUCAACCUGGCCCCCGCUCCCUCCCUGCCACAGCCCACGUUGGUUCAGGACAUGACGGAGUUCAAGAGGAGCCUGCCUCUCUUCCCCCUGGCCAAACCCCACAUCAACUUCAUGGCUGCCAAACUGUGAGCGAGGCCGGCAGGUCCACGCGCAGCAGCAGCACGGGGGCGCCGGGGAGGACGACCGCGAGGGACCCUGCUGUGUUUCCCACCUACACCACCGCCCCCCUCGUCAGGAAGACUUUCAUCUGACUGAGCCUGCGUUAGUGCGUGCGUGUGCGUGCGUGUGUGUUUGCGCGGGUGUGUGUAUGUGUGUGUGUGUGCACGUGUGCCAGGCUGGAGCCACUAGAAGAGAUGCUUGGAAACAAACGAGUGUGUUUGAAUCACAGAGUUAGCCGUGGUUGUCGACGUAGCCGUGUUGACGAUAGAGGCCACAGCAGACCUCACCUCAUGUUAUACGCCCGUAAAAGGAGACGCAACACUCACACGCAUCACGAUCCUGUGUAGGCUGUUGUAGAGGAAAUAGAAACAACGUGUAAAAAAAAAAAAAAGAAAAGAAAAGGGCCAGUUCCCUUUCAAAUGAGUUCAAGUACACUGCAGAAGCUUCACAGUAGGAGGCGUUUUAUUUGAAUAAUUCAGACAUGCUGCUUGAGAAUGGAUGGCUGGUUUAUUGUGAUGAACUGGGGGCUGUAGAGGUUAAAGACAGUAGCUCCAUGAAGGUCUUCUUCUUUUAUUUGUUGGACUGGUAUGUUUGCCAUGUAACUCUCGGAGGUACCGCGAUGCUCCUGAAAACGUGAUCAAAAGGCACACUCGGUCAAAUGGAAUUUUUAAUGGAUUUUAUUCAAAUUUAUGCAUUUCUGAAGAAUCUCUGCCUUUAUAAUUCUAGUUUUAAUCCUCACAGGUUUUGAAAUGUUUUUGCUCGUAAACUGGUAAAAUGUUGGGACCCUUUAAGGAGCUGUUUGAAAUCGCUCGUCACAGAGAACCUUGGCCGUGAAAUUAGUUUUUUAUUUUUUGUUGCAUUUUACAGUAGUAUGUAAUUCAGACAUCUCAGGGGUACCUCCAUGCUGUUUGUUUUUUUUUUUUUUAACAUUCAAUUUUACUAGUGAUUGAUUUAAAAUAAAGACACUUUUAUCAGUCUGUCAUCCACAUUAGUACUUUGUUCACUUCACUGAAUGUGAUCAAAUCCUUUUUGGUUAUUUUUGUCAAACUGAAGGCUGUAGAGACGAACAGCAGUUUAAUUUGUCCAUUUUGUAGGCUCGGGGAGAUCGUCAUCGUUCUCACACUCUGUGUCUGAGACUUGCAGAGACUUUCUGCAGCUUGUGCCUUUCUAGGGGGGCAUCAGUUAGUUUGUGUCUGGCUGCACUGAGCUGCUCUCGGUCUGAUCCGGGGGCAGAAUCCUGGAGGGUCUAACCCCCCCUAAAUUGCUGGACUGUGCGCCGGCUCUUACAGCACAGGUGUCAAAAAAAGCAGCUAGCCGUUUUCUCUGAAAAAGAAGCAUUUUGUGUCGAUGUUUAAAGGGGGUUGAAGAAAAGCUCCGGUCUGGAUUUUUUUUUUCCUGAAUAUAUGCACUUCUCUCACUAAGCAAUAAACUUAAUGAUGUGGACAGGGAACAGUGUGAGGCAGAAUGAGACGUGGCUCUGCACUGCUGAUUAGCUCCAGCAGCUGCAUCCACACUGAUCCCAAACGCUGGAGAGGGCUGUGUGGUGGUGCAGGACAGCGGCGUCGGUGUCGGUGCCGUGCAAGCGUAACCUGCUCUCUCAGGUGCUAACCAGCUUUGCUGUGAAACCACUGCUGGUGGAGCUUCCAGCCGCUCUGCUCAAACAGCCAAACGUCUAAGUUCUGAUUAUUUUGCCCCACCAUACCUGCUCUCAGGCCCAGAUCAUAGCUCACUCAUGAUGCUGCAGUUUUACAGAAAGACUGAAGGUGUGAGGGAGUACCUGUACGAUUGUGCUGUAUCAAAAGCUUCUUCAGUGUUUUCCAGCAUUUUACUACGUCCCAACUAGAUCAAAACCAUUUCAAUUUCUUUUGAGCGAGCCCCCCCUUCAUUAUCAACUGCUUCUUUGUUAAAGGGCAAUGUUCCCUUUUGUGGUUGGAACCCAAAGACAAGCAGCAGCAGCAGCAUUCGGUAGACUCACUCCCACAAGCAGUAGCUUGACAGCACCUGGGGGGCGGCGACAAAGCCGUUUUCAUGCAGUGUUCAGAAGAAACUAGUAAAAUUACAUAUCAGGCUGGGGUGGGCCAUGCACUGUUUACCUUGUGAAGUACCUAGUGAUUGGUUUACAUUUAGAAAAUCAAAAGUUUUUAAUUUCUGGAUGUCUUUAGCAGCACAAGAGACUGUGCUAAUUGGCUGGUCGGGUUUAUGGGCCGGUGAUACAUGAGUGCUGACAUUUUGAGUUUGGUCUUUUUAUUGUCUCCUGUGUGUGUUUCUGAUUAAUAAACUACUGAGUGAAGCCGUA